CUGCUACGCUUAUCCUUUCUCCAGUACUAAUUGCAUGCCUGAGAACAGGAGAAGCCAGUGGGUGAUUGUAUGAGUGUUAUCAACCUCCAAGGCAAGUUGGACUGCAAGUAUGUAGUUGGGCUUUACUACAGCGCGAAGCCUCAGCGCGCCAAUCUCAGAGAACGUUGGCCCGAAUCGGUUGAAGAAAACCUCGAGCGUCUAGAGAAUGCCGGUAUCCCUUACGAUCGAGAGGUUCCAAAGUGCUCGAACUGUGGAGGUAAAUCACACCCUUUGGCUUCUAGGAAUAGAUAGCUGAUGAAGCAUCGAAGAAAUGGGUCAUACUGCGCGCGGCUGC